AUGUUCGAAGCGUAUUCAGCCGGCGAGGUCGGCUUCAAAUUGCCCGUCGAAUUGUGCUCGAUACGAUGUCAAAAGUCAACACAGAAUGUGCUCGCCGGAUGCAAAGAGGGUCAUCUACUCGUUUACUCGAGAACAGACACUCGUCGAAAAUUUGACUUAAAAACGCUGUGUAAGAAUUUCGAGCGAAAACCGGUCACGGAAAUGGCCAUUGUUGACUCGAUGCAGCUAUUGUUUUGUGUCAGCGAUCAACAGCUUUCCGUUCACGAGUUAAGUCAUCACAGCGCCGAAGCGAGCGCCCGUCAAGUCCUCUAUCCAUUGCUGGCACAACUCAAGCUCAAACCCGUGCACACCUUUGCCGUUCACGAGAAUACGGAAGAAGCAAACGUUCUUGUGGCGAUUUCUUUAAAGCGAAAAAUCGUUUUGCUGAGGUUCGAAAAGAACGAAUUUUUCGAGAUCCCAAUCGAUGGAGUCUCAUAUUUUGCCGACAAUCCCACUGCACUGACUUGGUGCGGCAAGAAUUUGGUGUUUUCCGUCCGAAACGAGUAUCACUUGCUGUCGCUGAAACACAACGAUGAGUUUACGCAAUGCGCUGCCGACGCGAAAGUAAUCGCCACGUUUACCGAUCUUCCUUUCAUCGUCGAUUUUCAUGAAAAGUCGAUGAUCGGUUUGGCGAGAGGUGAAACUCUGACCAUUUUGACUUCUGAUGGAGUGAGAGAUCCACGAAAUCCACUCUGCCGAGAGAUUCGCUUCUCAAAUGUCCUACAAAAUGCAGUCUACGAUUCUCCAUUUGUCGUUGGUCUUCUUUCCAAAGGUCUUGUCGAGAUUCGCUCCUUUGAUCCACCACAACUUGUUCAAUCGAUCACCCUUAAACAAGCGCAUCUAAUCACGAAUGCUUUACCUGGGUGUGUCGUCGUGGGAAGUCAUGCGGACAUUUGGAUGCUCGAUUGUCACGAGAGUUUACGCAAAAAUGUCAAUUUCUUGAUUCAGGAGAAGAAUUAUCGAUUGGCGAUUCAGUUGACGGAACAAUUCGACAUUUUCACGGAUGAGAACAAACGAGAGAUCAAGCGGCAAUACGCGAGGAAUCUUUUCUUGCAAAGACAAUUUGACGAAUGCUUUGAAGUUUACUCGAAAAUUGGAGCAGAGCCCUACCUUGCCAUUCAAAUGAUUCCCGAGGUUUUACCGGAGAAACUCCAGAAUUUACAGCAAAACUCCCCACAACAGCCAUUGGAUCUACCGGAAAACGAGAAGAAACGAGCUAUUUCUGCACUUUCCGACUAUUUAUCUUUGGUUCGCACAGAGUUAGCAAUGCGUCUUGACGCUCAUCAACAAGCAAAACAAAUUGGAUACACACUAGGAAAAUUGUCGAAAGAUGAGCUGAACACAACGCGAAUGAAUCUUCAAAUUGUCGACACGACUCUUCUCCGGUGUUAUUUAAAGACAAAACCGAUGAUGGUCGAUUCUUUGCUUCGUUUACGCGACAAUUCCAGUUCUUUUGAUGAUACGGAAGAUAUAUUAAAGAAAGCCAAUCGCUUAACGUCACUCUUCAUCCUGUAUGAAACGAGGAAAAAACACGAAAUGGCUUUGGAACUUCUUAAAGCCGAAGCACAUCGCGCUGAUCCGGAGCCUUUCUUUGACGGGGUUUACAAAACUGUGGACUACUUGCAAACCCUGGGAAACACGGAAAUCGAUUUGAUCUUUAAAUAUGGGAAAUGGGUGCUGGAUAGUGAUGUGAAAGAGGGAUUGGCUAUUUUUACCUCAUCCGAUUCGGAUCUGGCGGUGAAUUUGGAUCGUGAGAAAGUCGUGGAAUUUCUGAGGAAAGAGUGCGUCGCCGCGUUGAUCCCAUAUUUGGAGCACAUCAUCAACGCGUGGGGAGAGCAACGUCCAAAAUUUCACGAAUGUUUAGCUGAACACUAUGUGGCAAAAGUGAAGUAUCUGCAUAAGGAUUAUGUUCACGCGUUUCCUGAUGACGAAAACAUUACACGAGCUGGCACCGAAGACGGGGAAUUGGGCGAGUAUCGACGGAAAUUGUUGCGUUUCCUUGAAGCCAGUCAUUCCUACUCACCACAAACGAUUCUCGUGCAAUUAAGCAAUCAAGCUUUCUACGAGGAACGCGCGUUGAUGCUGGGUCGUUUGGGUCAACACGAGCAAGCGCUCACCAUUUACACGUCGAUACUUCAUGAUUAUGAAGCCGCUGAAAAAUAUUGUGAUUUGUAUUAUCGAGAGGAAAGGGAUGACGCAAGUGCACAGAUCUAUCUCCAACUCUUUCAAGCUUUCGUUUCCCCAAAGGAUCCACAAAUAGCUGGGCUAAACGAGCGGCAAAUCCCGAUCCCGCAACCAAAUGUGAAACAAGCGAUUCGAGUCUUGAGCCGACACGCAAAUAAAAUUAAUACAGUGUCUGCGCUAAACCUCAUCCCUGAAUCGACCCCAUUAUGUCUUCUUUCAACAGCUCUCAGCGCUGUCCUUCAAACGACUCAUGAUGAAGCGAUCAGGUGCUCGAUUCGUCGAAAAGUUUGCGAUCGAGCCGUCCAUGUGGCUGAGGAACAGUUGAGGAAAGCUGAGAGCGUCAAAAUCACUGUCAAUAGUGCCACAGAUUGUACGCUAUGCGGAAAAAAGUUGGCUAAUAGUGCCUUGGUGCGUGACCCGCAAAACUCUUCACUUAUCCACGUGUUCUGCUACGAGAAAUCUCAAGAAGCCAAUAACCCAUGUGAUACGAUUAAAUCUUUA